UGAGAACCCGCAGCGCGCUCCCGUGCCGCGCUCAGUGACUCAGUGGAAGGGUUCGCGCUAAACGGCUGCUCUCCGGAUCCAAGCGUCACCUCACCGGCCAAAAACAUGUCCAAACUGGAGCAGAUCCUCAUCCUAGAUCCCCCCACCGACCUGAGAUUCAAAGGGCCUUUCACAGACGUCGUCACCGCUAACCUGAAGCUAAAGAAUCCUUCAGAUAGAAAAGUAUGCUUCAAAGUGAAGACCACAGCGCCGCGCAGGUACUGCGUACGGCCGAACAGCGGCAUCAUCGACCCCGGGGCCACGCUCAUCAUCUCAGUUAUGUUGCAGCCGUUCGAUUACGACCCCAAUGAGAAAAGUAAACACAAGUUCAUGGUACAGACCAUCUUCGCCCCCUCAGCCGUUACAGACACAGAAGCCAUGUGGAAAGACGUGAAGCCCGAUGAGCUCAUGGAUUCCAAACUCAGAUGCGUCUUCGAGCUGCCGUCUGAAAACGAUAAAGUGAGCGAGCUGGACUCUAAGGCGGCGCUGGUUCUGAACUCGUCUAAAGCGGACGGGCCGGGGCCGGCGAAGGCCGUGGACGACUCGGAGAAGAUGAAGAUCCUGGAGGAGUGCAGACGUUUGCAGACCGAGGUCAGCAAGCUCAGCGACGAGAACCGCCAGCUCAAGGACGAGGGUGUGAGGCUGAGGAGGUUCCAGCGCAGCGAGUACAUCACGAGUAACUCCAGCUCGGCUCUCGGCCGCGAGUCGAAGGCCGGCUCUCUUCCCUCGCUGCUGGUCGUCAUCGCUGCCAUCUUCAUCGGGUUCUUCCUGGGAAAGUUCGUCCUGUAGGCCGGGAGACCCCCGUCUCUGUCUGUUUGGGUUCAUUUGCUGUUUUCUGUUGAGGGCGGACGGAUGUUAGAGCCGUGGACUGCUUCUGAAAGUCUUCCCUCAGACGCGUUUCGUUUCUCUCAAACUCGAUGGAAAAGUGUAAAUGUGGUUUUAAGGAAGGGUCCGGAUGAAGGAAGAGCUUCGGACCUUCACCAGAGACACAGGUGCCUCCUUCUGUACAUUCGUUCUCUUUCUGUUCCUAACAACACCAACGCAGACUGUUUUAUUACUGUAAUUAUCAUUUAUUAAUUAUAUUAUUAAUGUACUUUCUGUCAAAGCAGCAUUUAUCCACAAGACGUUCACUGAUGUCUUCACUUUACUGUCUCUUACUAGACGACAUUCAAGAAAUAAAAGAAAAACCUCAACCUGA